CCUAAUUUUCCACUCGCACUCUAUUUUUUCUCUACCACCACAUUUCACUCCAAAAUUCGUUAUAAUAGAUUUUUUCUUUCUCUCAUUUUCUCUUAUCCUUCAUUUCUCAUUUGUCUUCUUCUCCCCCAAACUUUUCGUUUUAAACCUUUUUCGUUUCCUUUCUCUCUCAUCCGCAUCUCUCUUUUUUCUCCUCAUUGGUUAGUUCUUCUUGGGAUCCUCGUCUUUCGUUCAUCUUUUCGUAAAUUCAUUUUAGCUUAUACAAUACGCUGUUGACUUAUCUUAAUCUUAAUCUUCUGUUUAGCUUAUAGAAUCUGCACUAAACUGUUAGUUAACUCAUGAUUUCAAAAAAAGUGUAUGAAAUAUGCAAUUCAAUUUGAUUUUUUAUUCCUAAAAUCUAAUCUACUGAAUUGGAAUUGCAUAAGUAGACUGUGUUUGUAUGUAACAGUGUUAUCGAUUAAUUUGUUUCAAUCUCUUUAUAUUGCUAUAGUCUGUUAAUUUGUUCUUGAAGUUGGUUAUGUGAUGAAUCAUGAAACACAUACAGUUUUUGAUCGAUAAUAAAAAUUAGGUAAAAAAAAGUAGUAGAAAUUAUUUUUGUUAGUUGCUAUAGGAAAUUCAUGUAGUCAAAUAUAUCGUUCUAGAUAUGUUAGGUGAGAAAAUAGGUGAAAUGUGAGUGUUUGAUUUUAUGAUUUUUCAUUCAUUUGAGGAUACUAUGUAGAAACAAGUAGUGAUUAUUAAUUCUUAUUUUUAGGGGAAGACCUGGUAAUUCGGAGUUCGCCCAGGAGUUAAGUAAAACUUGGCCAAAAAUUGUUCCCCUCAGAGGUCGUACUUAGGUUCUCCCGAGUUCAUCCUUAGAUGAAACUUAUCAACCCCUUGAGCCCAAUUACUUGUCAUAGGAAAUAGUGGAAGUGAUUUUUGUUAUUUGGCAUAGGAAAUAGUGGAAAUUUUGGUAGUCAAGAAUUACAUUCUAGAUAUGUUAGUUGAGGAAAGUAGUAAAAUGUUUUUUUUUUGAACGACAAAUAUAUUAUUAAUAAAAAACCAGGUCUCUGCACAAGAUGAACAGAGACCGGUAAAAGAGGGCUACAAAACAAAGGAUCUUUAUUUGAAGAGGAGAGAGGAGAGCAUUUUGUGCCGAUGUGUGGUGUUUGAACUUGAAUUCUUUCUUCACCAAAGCUGUUUGAUAUAAAAAUGGCUUUCGAUCCGUUGGUUUGGUAUUGUAAGCCGGUUGAAGAUGGAGUGUGGACAAGAACAGUUCAGAAUGCCUUUGGUGCUUACACUCCUUGUGCGGUUGACUCUUUGGUGAUUGGUAUUUCUCAUUUGGUGAUUCUAGGGUUGUGUAUUUACCGCAUAUGGUUGAUUAAGAAGGAUUUCUCAGUCAAGAGGUUUCGUUUAAGGUCGAAUAUCUACAAUUAUGUUUUGGGGAUUUUGGCUGCAUAUUCUGUGGCUGAGCCUUUAUACAGAUUGAUCAUGGGAGUAUCAAUUCUAAAUUUAGACGGGCAGACUCAACUUGCUCCAUUUGAGAUAGUUUCACUGAUUGUUGAGGCUAUUGCUUGGUGCUCUAUGCUGAUUUUGCUUGCGAUUGAAACUAAAGUCUACAUCUGUGAAUUCCGAUGGUUUGUCCGAUUUGGUUUGGUUUAUGCUGCUGUAGGGGGCGCUGUUAUGUUCAAUUUCAUCAUUUCUGUCCAGGAACUUUAUAGCAGAUCGGUGUUGUAUUUGUACAUCAGUGAGGUGGUCUGCCAGGUUUUGUUUGGAAUACUUUUGCUUGUGUACGUCCCUAUUUUGGAUCCUUAUCCAGGGUAUACCCCCAUUGGUAAUGAAACAGUUACUGAUGCUGCAUAUGUUGAACUCCCUGAAGGAGAGUUGAUAUGUCCUGAAAGGCGAGCUAGCUUAUGGUCAAAGAUAUGUUUUUCUUGGAUGAAUCCCAUUAUGAAACUAGGAUAUGAAAGACCACUUACAGAGAAAGAUAUAUGGAAAUUAGAUACAUGGGAGCGGACAGAGUCAUUGCACAAUACAUUCCAGAAAUGUUGGACCGAGGAGUCUCAGAAAUCAAAACCUUGGCUUUUGAGAGCAUUAAAUGCAAGCCUUGGAGGAAGGUUUUGGUUCGGAGGCUUUUUCAAGAUUGGCAAUGAUCUUUCCCAAUUUAUAGGCCCACUUAUAUUGAACCAACUUCUACAGUCUAUGCAAAAUGGUGAUCCAGCCGGAAUGGGUUACAUUUAUGCCUUCUCAAUAUUUGUCGGAGUGGUCUUUGGGGUGUUAUGUGAAGCUCAAUAUUUUCAGAAUGUCAUGCGUGUUGGAUAUCGUCUGAGAUCAACGCUGGUGGCUGCAGUAUUUCGCAAGUCUCUGAGGCUUACUCAUGAAGCGCGAAAGCAAUUUGCAUCUGGAAAAAUAACCAACUUGAUGACUACUGAUGCUGAGUCACUUCAGCAAAUAUGCCAAUCACUUCACACUUUGUGGUCAGCUCCCUUUCGAAUUACUAUUGCUAUGGUUCUUCUUUACCAAGAACUAGGUGUUGCUUCCCUUCUUGGUGCUUUGUUGCUAGUUCUUAUGUUUCCACUACAGACAGUAAUCAUCAGCAGAAUGCAGAAGCUGUCUAAGGAAGGAUUACAACGCACAGACAAGAGAAUUGGUCUCAUGAAUGAAAUUUUGGCUGCUAUGGAUACUGUAAAAUGUUAUGCGUGGGAAAGUAGUUUCCAGUCUAGAGUUGAGAAUGUCCGAAAUGAUGAAUUAUCAUGGUUUCGAAAAGCAUCAUUACUUGGAGCGUGUAAUUCAUUUAUACUAAAUAGCAUUCCAGUUUUUGUAACUGUGAUUUCGUUUGGAGUGUUCACAUUGCUUGGAGGGGAUUUGACACCUGCAAGAGCUUUCACUUCUCUCUCUCUGUUUGCUGUGCUUCGAUUUCCUCUCUUCAUGCUUCCAAAUAUUAUAACUCAGGUGGUUAAUGCAAAUGUAUCGUUGAAACGUCUGGAAGAGUUGCUCUUAGCUGAAGAGAGAAUACUUCUACCAAAUCCACCUCUUGAGCCAGGAUUACCAGCCAUCUCAAUCAGGAAUGGAUACUUUUCUUGGGAUGCAAAGGCAGAGAGCGCAACAUUGUCAAACAUAAAUUUGGAUAUUCCUGUUGGUAGCCUAGUUGCUGUUGUCGGCAGCACGGGAGAAGGGAAGACGUCACUCAUAUCUGCAAUGCUUGGAGAACUUCCUCCAAUUGCAGAUUCAACUGUUGUUAUGAGAGGAACAGUAGCUUAUGUACCUCAAGUUUCAUGGAUUUUUAAUGCAACUGUACGGGAUAACGUUUUGUUCGGUUCUGUAUUUGACCCAAUAAGAUAUGAAAGAGCAAUAGAUGUGACUGAACUGCGACACGACCUUGAGUUACUACCAGGCGGUGAUCUUACUGAAAUUGGUGAAAGAGGGGUAAACAUCAGCGGUGGUCAGAAGCAGAGAGUAUCCAUGGCUAGAGCUGUCUACUCCAAUUCGGAUGUGCUCGUGUUUGAUGACCCCCUAAGUGCUCUGGAUGCACAUGUGGCUAGACAGGUUUUUGAUAAAUGUAUCAAGGGAGAAUUGAGAGGGAAGACUAGGGUUCUUGUUACGAAUCAGCUGCAUUUCCUUUCACAGGUUGAUAGAAUCAUUUUGGUCCAUGAAGGUAUGGUGAAGGAGGAAGGGACUUUUGAGGAACUCUCUAGCCAGGGGAUUUUGUUCCAAAAGCUGAUGGAAAAUGCAGGUAAAAUGGAGGAGUAUGAAGAAGAAAAGGUAGAUAUUGAAGCUACAGAUCAAAAGUCCUCUUCAAUACCAGUGGUCAAUGGAGCGGUUAAUGAUCAUGCAAAGAGUGAAAGUAAACCAAAAGUUGGAAAAUCUAUCCUUAUUAAACAGGAAGAACGGGAAACAGGUGUUGUCAGUUUGAAUGUUCUAACGAGGUACAAAAAUGCAUUAGGAGGCACCUGGGUUGUUCUAGUACUAUUUGGAUGCUAUAUCUCAACCGAAGUGUUACGAAUAUCAAGUAGCACAUGGUUAAGCCACUGGACUGAUCAGAGUGCUGCAGAGGGUUAUAAUCCCGCCUUCUACAAUCUCAUAUAUGCAGCUCUAUCAUUUUGUCAGGUUUUGGUGACUUUAACAAAUUCUUACUGGUUAAUCAUAUCAAGUCUUUAUGCUGCUAGAAGGUUGCACGAAGCCAUGCUUCACUCCAUCUUACGUGCUCCCAUGGUCUUUUUCCACACAAAUCCACUUGGAAGGGUCAUCAACAGGUUUGCAAAAGAUUUAGGUGACAUCGAUCGUAAUGUAGCUCCAUUUGUGAGCAUGUUUUUAGGUCAAAUUUCCCAACUUCUUUCGACCUUCAUCCUGAUAGGGAUUGUAAGCACAAUGUCCUUGUGGGCAAUAAUGCCAUUGUUGGUAUUGUUCUAUGGAGCAUAUCUAUACUAUCAGAGCACUGCUCGUGAAGUAAAGCGAUUGGAUUCAAUUAGCAGAUCUCCUGUUUAUGCGCAAUUUGGGGAAGCACUAAAUGGUCUAUCAACAAUUCGUGCUUACAAAGCGUACGAUCGAAUGGCGGAUAUAAACGGGAGAUCCAUGGACAACAACAUUCGGUACACACUGGUCAACAUAAGCGGAAACCGAUGGCUUGCAAUCCGAUUGGAAACCCUAGGAGGCCUCAUGAUAUGGUUCACUGCAACCUUCGCCGUGAUGCAGAACGGUAGGGCAGAGAACCAGCAAGAAUUUGCAUCCACCAUGGGAUUACUUCUCACUUACGCUUUGAAUAUUACCAGCUUGCUCACCGGUGUGCUCAGACUUGCUAGUUUGGCUGAGAAUAGUUUAAAUUCAGUUGAGCGGAUUGGAACUUACAUUGAUUUGCCUUCAGAGGCUCCUUCUGUGAUUGAAGAUAAUCGUCCUCCCCCCGGGUGGCCUUCCUCGGGCUCCAUCAAGUUCGAAGAAGUUGUUCUUCGCUACAGGCCUGAACUUCCUCCUGUGCUUCAUGGCCUAUCUUUCACAAUUUUUCCAAGCGACAAGGUUGGCAUUGUUGGGAGGACUGGCGCAGGAAAAUCCAGCAUGCUAAAUGCCUUGUUUCGAAUUGUGGAAUUGGAAAAGGGGAGAAUAUUAAUUGAUGAUCGUGAUAUUGCAAAGUUUGGGUUGGCUGAUUUGCGGAAAGUUCUUGGCAUUAUACCACAAUCUCCUGUUCUCUUUUCAGGAACUGUGAGGUUUAAUCUUGAUCCAUUUACUGAACACAAUGAUGCUGACCUCUGGGAGGCUCUGGAGAGGGCACAUUUGAAGGAUGUGAUACGGAGGAAUUCUUUGGGGCUGGAUGCUGAGGUAUCUGAGGCGGGCGAGAACUUCAGUGUUGGACAGAGGCAACUGUUGAGUCUUGCCAGGGCUUUGUUGCGGAGAUCGAAGAUUUUAGUACUUGAUGAGGCAACUGCAGCGGUUGAUGUUAGAACAGAUGCACUCAUACAGAAAACAAUCCGGGAGGAAUUUAAAUCCUGUACAAUGCUCAUUAUCGCUCAUCGCCUCAACACUAUUAUUGAUUGUGAUCGGGUUCUUUUGCUUGAUGGAGGCAAGGUUCUUGAAUAUGAUACCCCCGAAGAGCUCCUGUCAAAUGAGGGUAGUGCUUUCUCUAAGAUGGUGCAAAGUACAGGAGCUGCAAAUGCCCAAUACUUACGCAGCUUAGUACACGGUGGGGACAAGACAGAAAGAGAAGAGAACAAGAAUCUGGAUGGUAAGAGAAAAUGGCUAGCUUCUUCUCGGUGGGCUGCUGCAGCCCAGUUUGCUCUUGCUGUGAGUCUCACUUCGUCACAGAAUGACCUACAACGCUUGGAAGUAGAAGAUGAGAAUAGUAUUCUCAAGAAGACAAAGGAUGCUCUGAUAACUUUGCAGGGUGUUUUGGAAAGGAAGCAUGAUAAAGAAAUUGAGGAAUCUUUAAACCAACGCCAAAUAUCCUCUGAGGGAUGGUGGACAUCGCUUUACAAGAUGAUUGAAGGUCUUGCUAUGAUGAGCAGAUUAGCCAGGAACAGACUAGAUCAAUCAGACUACGGUUUUGAGAACAGCUCGAUUGACUUUGAUCAAAUUGAUAUGUAGGGAAUGCUUCACUGUUCAGAUAACACGGCUUGCUGUCACUCGUAAAGGUUUUGCUAACUUAUUUUGGCGAUGUAGCUUACAACUGAGCUAUGAUUACCUUAGAAAAUACAAUAAAUCCUAUUUUGUCUAUUUAUUAGAAGAAAAUCAUACGUUUUUUUCAAUCAUUUAGAGAGUGGGCAUAUUUUUAUGUUUUAUUUGAUGCAAAGAAAUUUUAGUCCAUAUAGUCAAAAUGUUAUAAAUCAAUUUUCUCAUUAAAUUCUUCAAUAUUGAAGGGAAAUUUCUCUACUGUAAAAUAUUGAAACAAAUAAGAUUUGAAAUAAUUUCUCCCCUUUCUUUGUUUUCCUUCA